AAAGAAUACGCCGAUAAGACACGCGCGGCCCAAGAUAGCAACAUUAGUGAGGGUGAUCGAGUGUUGUUGAAACAAACGAGGAAAAACAAGCUAACGUCAAGUUUCGAACCACUUCCAUACAGAGUGAUUCGCAGAGAAGGCAAUGCAGUUGUUAUACAAGAUUCUGGUGGAGAUAAUAAGAUGCGAGGAAUAGCGCACAUGAAGAAGUAUGUGGAGCCACAAGUUGUUGAAACUAGAGAAACGUUAGAAACGCCAGUCAUACUUCAUGAAGUUGAGGAAUCGACAGCGCAACCCGUUAGUGCAGAUCCUGCGAAGCAAGAUCAAUCAGACGUACCAAGUUCAGUACCGCAGCCUAGCAGCCCAAGUCCAAAUGUACGACCAUUGCGUGCGAGGCGACCGCCAGUUUGGAUGAAAGAUUACGUUUCAUAA